UAAACAAAAUGGUUUAAACAUUUGAGACUCCGACAAAAACACACCCGUUGCCGUCCCUCCAGGGUGCCGUACGUCCGUCAUCAUGUGGAAGUGCCAUAAAUGCGGCAAACCUGUUUACUUCGCUGAACGUAAACAGUCUCUGGGAUAUGAUUGGCAUCCAGAAUGUUUGCGAUGUGAGGAAUGUGGAAAACGUUUGAAUCCUGGACAACAUGCAGAGCACAAAGGCGUGCCUUAUUGUCACGUUCCUUGUUAUGGAGCACUAUUUGGACCUCAAUUAUUCGGCCAUGGCACAAGAGUGGAAUCACAUACAAGUUUUGGAAAAAAGGAAAGUCGACCGUCUUUACCAAGAUCGCAUCUAGAAUCCAAGUUGAAAGUUUUUAAUCAGUAUUACGAAGGUAAAAGUGGAGGAAUUCGAAGUCGUGAGGUUAAUGGAAGAUUGAUACUAGAAGGUGCAUUGAGAAUUUAUUGGGGAGUCCGUGGUGUAAUUCAUCUGAAGGAAGAUGAUGAUCAGCGCACAGUAGUUACUGCACGAAAUAGAAACUCGUGCAGGCACAGUGUUUCUGAGGAUGUUGAAGACGAAGAUAAGGCAGAUGAGCUAUCUAAGAACACAUUGGACAGCAGUGUGGAGAAUAAUGCAAAGUCUGUUCCAACAUCGCCCGAUCAUUUGAAGAGUCUCACUUUGCCUAUGAAAUUAGAUGUCAAGAAUAUGGAAUGGGACGAAUUAGAUGAACUCCUACAGGUGGAACGAAAGGUUGAGGAUGGUAAUAAAUUAUAUCAGACAAUGCCUGAGAAUCUUCCAUCAAUAAGUUCGCAAUCUAGUGUGGAUACGCCACCGCUCUCAUCUCAGUCGAGUCUCGAUCGAUCGGAUUCCCGUGAAAAUUCGUCAACGAGCAGCCCUAAUCACCACACUACUAGUCGAGAUAACGAUAGUAGCUUAAAUAGCACGCCAACGCACAGCAUAGGUAGUUCUUCUAGUACAGACACUCCUGUCUGUAAUUUAGGAGCUUCUAAUCGAAAUGGUACGCUUCGAAGAGUAGAAUACUUCGACAACUUGGAGAAGAAUCCUGGCAAUAAAUCAAUUAGUACUGACGAUAGCUGGAUCGAAAAGGGUUUGAACCGAUCGUUGUCCGGUCCUGAUUGUCUUCAAAGACAUAGAACUGAUAGUGAUACGGAUUCGGUGAAUUCUUUGCAAUUCAGAGAAGACGACAAUAUGACUAUGUCUACAGACAGCGGAUUAGAGCUAGAUGGUGUCGUUUUGCGUCGUAAACAAGGCUCCACUGCGAUCAGACGACGUCCAGGCGGCAGACGUCAAUCGCGAAGCCGAUUACGACGUCGUUGCUCGAUCAAUGGCCACUUUUAUAACCGAGAGACCAGUUUCUUCACACCACCUCACGGGUCGCAGAUGUCCGUUUGGGUAACGAGUCUAGUGAAUACUCAGGAAGUUAUUAAUCUUAUGUUGGACAAAUAUAAAGUCGAUGCCAAGUCCGAUAAUUUUGCAUUAUUUGUAGUCCGCGACAAUGGUGAGCAAAGAAGACUGAAGGAUGACGAGUAUCCUUUAGAAGUUCGAGUAGUCUUGGGUCCUCAUGAGAACGUUGCACGACUGUUUCUGGUCGAUAAAUUAUCCACGCCUGAAAUCAGUUCCGAUGUUGCGCAGUUUCUUAAUUUAUCUGUAGCAGAAUGCCAUGGAAUAUUACAACGUUACCAUUAUGAAGAGGAACGCCAGAUUCUCGUCUUAAAAGAAAAAUAUAAAGAGAUGCGAAAAAGAAUAAAACAAAGAAUGGAAGAGCUAAAAGUUCGUUUAUAGAUAGAAUGAUGAAUGAAUGUUCGCAUGGAUAUUCACGCAAUUAUUUUUAUAAGCGAUUAAAAAAUUUCUCUGUAGAAAAAUGUUCAUGUGGCAAGAAUAUCCGUAACUCGUACCAAAUAGGAGAUCUGUUUAAUGAACGAAAAAUCAUUUAUCGAAUAGAUAUCGAUAAUAACUGUUAAGAAUUUAAAGUCUUCUAUCCUUUGCAUGUCAACGUGGCCCAGAUAUAAGUGGAUAUUAUACGCAUUAUGUAUUCAGCCAUACACAAUUGCUGUCAGAUAUACUCUGAUAUAGCAAUCCAAGACUAUUGUUAAGCGAAAUAAAUUACAGAGCGCAAAACAAAUGCUGCACGCAACAAUUAAUCGUCAAAUAUUGUAACGCGCCGCGAAUCUAUGGAAUCGCCGUUUCAAGCUAGUCAUGUUUCACGCUUAGUCACUGAUAUCGAUUGCAUCCAUCCCGUUUUCAUCUAAAGGCCAAAAGCAACAUAUACUGAGCCACGUUUACGUACAUUACAAAAUACGUUCUACAUGCUCUCGAUCUGCCAGUUUAGAAUAUUAAAGAACGAAUGCGCCGCGACACGCAUGAAGAUAUAUAUAUAAUUUAGAAUACCUAUCAGAAUUAUAUAUUAAAGGAUUGUAAUAAUCUCCUAGAUUGUAGGUGGCUUUUACUAGCAGUAAAAAAAAUAUAAUCCUUAUAAUCAUAUAUUGAUUAACAGAACACAUCGCAUUAUUGUGACGAGUUAGAAUAAGUUUAUCAUUUUGCGCCAAUUAAUCGUUUUCUACUGCUGAUAGAUGAGCGAAUACGUAUAUAGGUAUAAGUAUGUAUUUUUUCUAUUAUGCCGAUUAGCCAGAUAAAAAUACUCCAAAAUAACCAUGACAUAUUGAGUGUGUUUUGUCUUAAAAAGGAACAAAGUAUAAAACUGAAAGUAAAUAUCUGAGCACGAAAUAUUGUAAAAAAUCUAAUUUGAUUGACAUGUAAUGUCGUUGACAGAAUAAAGUAAUAUGAUUGCUUCUUUUA